GUGUGCAUGCAAGCCAGCUGUUCGCUGCGGUGCCACGUUCAGCAUGGCGCGCGCGAGCCAGCACGAAGAAGACUGGAUCUAAUCCUACCCAGACGCCCCUGUUAUUCGCGCCUCUGCGCCUGCUUGCAUCCCCCAAGCCCUGGAAGCGCUCACCCAUGGUGUUCAAAGUAAGCCUGACCGGCUCCAUGAAUACUCUGCCGGCGGACACGCAGCAGCGCCUGGCGGACGCGUAUUGGGCUCUCUCAGAGGAGCGAACCAUCCGCAUUCGGGCCGAGGUGCGGUCGACGGAGCUGGAGGAGCAGCGGCGGCGCUAUGAGCAGGAAGCGCGUGAUGAGCGUGAGCGGGCGGUGGAGGCGCGUGUGGCUGAGGCUGUGAUGAAGAGGCAGCUGGCGGAGAUGGAGAAGAAGAUGAAGGUAGGGCUGAGCAGGGGCACUGAGAAGCCGGUGUAUGGAGGCGCAGUAGCGCUGCGGCGCUUUGGGAGGGCAUGAAUACAAUGAUGUACUGGUGAUGAGCGUUGCUGUAGCCAUCCGGUGAGCUCGACAAACCGACCUACGCAUUCAACGCAUCAACGCAGGGACCGCUGGUGCGGCACUAAAGAAUAGUAUAAUGUAGGUUCUAGGACAGCUCCGACUAACCUCCAACUAAUUCGUGUACGGCACCCCAACCCCCCUCAGCCGUACGGGAGUCCGUGUGAGAGUCAGCAGCUGCACGAGGGGGAGCGGGUAGUUGUAUGGCGGCCCGGAUCAGAAGCUACCUAGCUGCAGUGACGCACAGGGGUCGUUGUAUGGCGCUGGCUGCUGGUCGGCAGGCACGCAAGUGGGAGUGUGUAGUUGAAUGCGCGUGCGUGUGGGAAGUUGCGACAGAGUACGGCGGAGCUCGGCGGAGGCUGGCGAUUGGUGCGCUGCGCGAGUGGGAGUGCAUAGCCGUGCGCGCGCCGUUCGGGAAGCUGCGUGUGAGCUGCGUGUAAACUCAGAGAGAU